CACCUACGUUUCUGAAGCUGAUUGGACUCGCGCAGAUACACAGCUAUGAUUUAAUAAACAGAAUAGUGGACACAUCACUCUGUCCUCGCGGAUCUCGUAGCUGCACUGCAGGAGCUAUCCGUAUCAUCGUUUCGCUCUCACCACCAAGCAUCCGCACCCGGGCGCGCGCACGGUCUUCUCCAACUGUCUCUAACAUAAUAUUCAUAUUCGAAUAUUACCACGCCGGAAAACAGCUUGUCUAGGCUACAGGUGGUGUUAAUAAGAAGAUGAAAAACGGAUUGUUGCUGGUGGCUCUGUUCCUCGUCAUGAAACUCCGCUCAAGCCAGUCCAGCUGCGAGGAGCCUGCUGCUGGGGCGCUCAGAUCAACUGCUGACUCAGAGGAUACUCCAGGUCUUGAAAACCUCAAGCGGACCAUUCUGAAGAGAUAUAACGACCUAGAUUAUGACAGCUUUGUUGGGCUGAUGGGUAGAAGGGGCGCUGAUAUUUAUGAAGUACCUCCCUCUCCACAUAAAAGAGAGAUGGAUGAUGUCUUUGUUGGGCUUAUGGGCAGAAGAAACUUGGAACAAGGCAACAUGCGUCCUUUGAGAAAGGAGGCAUACCCUGAGACAAGAAGAGGAGGCUUAUUCUUUAAUAAGUGCAGACUGAGGUUUCGGCGUGGGCUGUAGACAAGACAUUCAUCCAGACCCAUCCCUAACAUCCAGCCAAGGCAAAACCCCUUUUCAGAAGAUUGGAGUUAUUAUUAUACAAUACAGAAAAGAAACAACUAUUUAUUUUACAAAACAAAGUAUUUGCGAAAACAUCUAUGGAAUUUAAACUGACCAAAUUCAACCUGCUAUUGUAACAUGUGCCCGAUGAGUUGUCAUAGUAACUAAUAGCUAUAAUGUAUUACCUGAAAGAAAUCAGUAACAGUCCCAUCUGAUAAGAACUAUUUCUUUACCAUAUGUUUGUGAUUCAAAUUAAAGAAAUAAUCAAAUGUGGCAACAAUACUGACAAUUAAUUGAAAAAUAUUUGGUUACAACAUUUUAAAUCCACCAUCAUAGCAACGAGAAUUCAAAGUGCCGGAAUAUGUAACCAAAAAUGAACAUUAAGUAGUACUGUACAAAAAAUACUUUAGUACUGUAGUUAUAGUAAGUAUAAUCUACCCCACUUUAAGGCCAUUCAACUGCUUAGCAGAUAAUCUAGAAUAAAUAGGAAAAACAUGGCCAUUACAUUUGACAUGAAAUACACUCACACUUAGAUACACCACAGAGCAAUGUAAUACCAUUCAAAAAUGUGCUCUAUCAGCUUGACCUGACGCCGAAAACCUCAGAUUCUGACGAAAACCUCGACAACGUUAAGAAACGACCAUUGUUCAGUGCACGCAUAUAAAGGUCCCUUCAUAUUUCUCUAAAAGUGCAAUACCAAUAUCGAAUUGAAUAGUUAUGGACAGUCAAUUAGGGAAUGGAAUACAGGAUCACUGUUAGUUGUGGAAAUGAUGAUUUUCCAAAUCAACAUCUAAGACACAGAAAUGCUUGAUAUCAUGCUACAGGAAAUGUCCAGGUCAGAAUGCAGAAUGUUUUUAUGCAGCGUGGGCCUCAUGAAGUAAAUGCUCUAGAAGUUUAUACAGAUGCAUGGUCACUAACGGCAUACUAUUGAAAUCCAAACAGAAUAUCAGACAAAACAACAGAUAUUGAUUUCAUUCAAGUAAAAAGUUGUACAGUAUAUGGAUGAAUAAAAUCCCCCACAACCAAUUAAACCUGAACUGUGGUGGAACUGGUGCACAACGUUGGAAAUAUCGAACCAGUUCCUGGCAUGACCAUUUCACAAGUCCUGUUUGCAAUCACACACAACAACACACUCCCGUUAUCACCUUAAAAAAAACACAUUCAAACGCUUCAACUCAAACCG